GUCCAGGUCGAAGUGAUCUGAACACCUUAUACCGAGUCAUUGCGUCUAUCUACACCUCCUAUAGCUGUACCAACACAGGUAUCAACAAGCCGAAGACGUCUCUAUUCGAUUUACCUCUAUCUUCCCGCAUACCAUUUGUCACGCAACUGUCCACAGCUCUCGAAGCUUCCGCAGUCGACUGCGCGCCCCCUUACCUUGCAGAGGCCCACGAAGAGGAGAGCCUUUGAUCUAUACAGAACAAUAUCAUGUCAUCGGAGAAAUUGGCCGAUUCAAAGGACAAGCUUAAGACCGAGAUGAAUUCCAUGGAUACCACGAUGAACGCGGAGAAACCAGCUGAUUCUAAGGAGAAGCUGGAGGCUCAGAUCAAGUCUGCGGAUAUGACCGAGGAUAUGCAGCAAGAAGCUAUUGAUGUCGCACAAGAGGGAAUUUCAAAAUUCAGCAUCGAGAAGGAUAUUGCUCAAUACAUCAAGAAGACUUUCGAUGAGCGGAAAGGGCCUACCUGGCACUGCAUCGUGGGUCGGAAUUUCGGCUCCUUCAUCACGCACGAGACCAAACACUUCAUCUACUUCUACCUAGGCCACUACGCGAUCCUGCUUUUCAAAACCCAAUGA